GGUAAUAUUUUAAUGUCAGAUAAUUACAAUGAAUUAUUUAUUAUUGAUUUAGGUUUAUGCAAACCUAUAAGUGAAAUACAAGAUUCUGAUAAUAAUGAAAUUUAUGGAGUUUUACCUUAUAUGGCGCCUGAAGUAUUAAGAAGAAAUCCCUAUACUCCCGCAAGUGAUAUUUAUAGUUUUUCAAUGAUAAUGUGGGAAUUUACAUCAGGUAAACCUCCAUUUAAUCAUGAAGCACAUGAUCAUGAUCUUAUAUUGAGUAUUUGUGAAGGGAAACGUCCCGAAAUUAUAAAAAAUACUCAAAAAUGUUAUAUAGAUUUAAUGAAAAAAUGCUGGGAUUCAAAUCCUUCCAAUAGACCAACCAUAACAAUGCUUGAAAAUAUUAUAUCUGAAUGGAUUAGAUGUAUUGACGAAUAUUAUAGAAUAAACAGUGAUGGAAAUCCUACCUUUGAAGUACCUAAUAUUGAUAAUCAAUUAAUAAAUGAUAUAUCUGGAUUUGUAGAAGCAAAUAAAGCUUUAACAAAAGAAGAAGCAAAUACUUCUAUUAAACAAUCUCAUCCACAAGCAUAUUAUACAAGUCGCAAACUUACUGAAAU